AUGUUAUCUCGUCUUACUCUUUCAGCUCGUAAAACUUCACUAGUAUGUGGAAGAAGAUUAUUGUCAGCAGAUUUGAAUGCUCAUGAACAAGUUAACGAUGAAAUGAAAAGUAUGGAUGAACAAAUUAAUCCAUCAUUUUUCAAGAUGACAGAGUAUUACUUUGAUAAAGGAGCUGCUGUUCUUGAACCAGCACUUAUAAAUGAAUUCACUCAAACUUCUAUGAAUGAAUCAGAAAAGAAAAAUUUGGUUAAAGGAAUUUUAGGUGCUAUAAAACCUGUUAACAAAAUUCUUUAUGUUUCAUUCCCUAUUAGACGUGAAAAUGGAGAAUAUGAAAUGAUUGAAGCUUGGAGAGCUCAACAUUCUGAACAUAGAACUCCUACUAAGGGAGGUAUUCGUUAUUCAAUGGAUGUUUGUGAAGAUGAGGUAAAAGCUUUAUCAGCUUUGAUGACUUACAAAUGUUCUGUUGUUGAUGUACCAUUUGGUGGAGCUAAAGGUGGUGUUAAAAUUGAUCCAAAAAAAUACACUGAUUAUGAAAUUGAAAAAAUUACUCGUCGUGUUGCUGUUGAAUUUGCCAAGAAAGGUUUUCUUGGGCCAGGUGUAGAUGUUCCAGCUCCAGAUAUGGGAACAGGAGAGAAAGAAAUGGCAUGGAUUGCUGAUACUUAUGCUCAAACAAUUGGACACUUAGAUAGAGAUGCUUCAGCUUGUAUUACAGGUAAACCUAUAGUUUCUGGUGGUAUUCAUGGACGUGUUUCUGCUACUGGACGUGGUGUCUGGAAAGGAAUGGAAGUUUUUAUUAAUAAUAAAGAAUAUAUGGAUUCUGUUGGUUUAACUACUGGAUACAAAGGUAAAACAGCUAUCAUUCAAGGAUUUGGUAAUGUAGGUCUUCACACUAUGAGAUAUCUUCACAGAGAUGGAGUUAAAGUUAUUGGAGUACAAGAAUACAAUUGUGCUAUUUACAACGAAAAUGGAAUUGAUCCAAAAGCUCUUGAAGAUUAUAAUAUAGCUAAUAAAACUAUCAAAGGUUUCCCAGGAGCUACAUCAUUUGAACCAUUUGAAGAUCUUAUGUACGAAAAAUGUGAUAUUCUUGUUCCAGCCGCUUGUGAAAAAUCAAUUCAUAAAGGAAAUGCUGCUCGUAUUCAAGCAAAAGUUAUUGCUGAAGCAGCUAAUGGACCAAUUACACCAGCAGCUGAUAAAAUUCUUCUUCAACGUGGCGAUUGUCUUAUAAUUCCUGAUAUGUUUGUAAACAGUGGUGGUGUUACUGUUUCAUACUUUGAAUGGCUCAAGAAUUUGAACCAUGUCUCAUAUGGUCGUUUGACAUUCAAAUAUGAACGUGAUUCAAAUCACUUACUUCUUAACUCUGUCCAAGAAUCUAUUUCCCAAGCAAUUGGAAAGGAAGUACCAAUUAAAGCUAACGAAGCAUUUGCCAACAGAAUUGCUGGAGCAUCAGAAAAAGAUAUUGUUCAUUCUGGACUUGAAUACACAAUGAAUAGAUCAGCUAAAGCUAUCAUUAAAACAGCACGUAAAUACAAUUUAGGAAUGGAUCUUCGUACUGCUGCAUACGUAAAUGCUAUUGAAAAAGUUUACCACACCUACAGAACAUCUGGAUUCACUUUUGCCUAA